AUGUGGAUAUCUCUGAUCCCCGCUGCGUGUCGAAUCUCGGGGAUCAAACCAGACCACACCAGACCUCCGAACGAACGUUGGGCCGAUCUCAACGACUUAGCUACCGGAUCUUACCCAGCGAUCACUGAAACUGGACCCAGCAGAUCGGAAGAUGUUAAUUUGCUGCGGAUCGGCGGGCCCAAGUCCGUCAAUGGACCAAACAGACCCGCGCGUCUAGGAUGGCCCUCUCUUGGCGGGUUAGAGUUGUGUAGUGCGGCCAGAUCCCAAGGAUCGCAGGAUGAGCCGAGCGCUUUGUUUUACUCAGGCGUGGUGGUCGUUCACUAA